CAGUGAGGAGGGCAGCGCCGGGAUGACGUCAUGCUGAUCCACAUCCACAGCAGCAGGAGGGGCGAGGUAGCCAGCAGCUCAUCCACCGGUAUCAUGGCCUCGUAACAGGAGAGGGGACUGAUUGAGAGGAAACCAAGGAUUUUUCUUGAAUGCCCGAGAGAUACUCGCUCUUUCUAAACCCUGAGAUUGGGACAGAGGGGCUCGGCCUCCCUUUUUGUCCCCCACGGCCGCCCCUGGGAUUCAGGAUAUACUUUAUUUUAUUGGUGAAUUUCCAUUCGUAAACCGUGGAAGAUGGCCGACCCGGCGGAGUGCACCAUCAAAGUGAUGUGCCGUUUUAGGCCCCUGAACAGCUCAGAGGUGACCAGAGGCGAUAAAUACAUUCCCAAAUUCCAAGGGGAGGAGACCGUUGUUAUCGGGGGCAAACCAUACAUGUUUGACAGAGUGUUUCAGUCAAACACAACACAGGAACAAGUGUACAAUGCCUGUGCCCAGAAGAUUGUAAAAGAUGUUCUUGAGGGAUACAAUGGAACAAUUUUUGCAUAUGGACAGACAUCAUCUGGAAAAACACACACCAUGGAGGGGAAUCUCCAUGACACAGAUGCAAUGGGCAUCAUCCCCAGGAUAGUGCAAGAUAUCUUCAACUACAUCUAUUCCAUGGACGAAAACCUGGAGUUUCAUAUCAAAGUUUCAUAUUUUGAAAUUUACCUAGACAAGAUCCGGGACCUUUUGGAUGUGUCAAAGACCAAUUUGUCAGUUCAUGAAGACAAAAACAGAGUACCCUAUGUCAAGGGCUGCACUGAGAGAUUUGUCUGCAGCCCAGAUGAGGUCAUGGAUACAAUUGAUGAAGGCAAAUCUAACAGACAUGUAGCAGUUACAAACAUGAACGAGCACAGCUCCAGGAGUCACAGUAUCUUCCUGAUAAAUGUCAAACAGGAGAACACUCAGACAGAACAGAAACUGAGCGGGAAGCUCUACCUGGUGGAUCUGGCUGGUAGUGAAAAGGUCAGUAAGACCGGGGCAGAAGGAGCUGUGCUGGAUGAGGCCAAGAACAUCAACAAGUCUCUGUCGUCCCUGGGAAACGUCAUCUCUGCUCUGGCUGAAGGAACGGCAUACAUCCCAUACCGAGACAGCAAGAUGACUCGUAUCCUGCAGGACUCACUGGGCGGGAACUGUCGAACUACCAUCGUUAUCUGCUGCUCGCCUUCUUCCUAUAAUGAGGCUGAAACCAAAUCCACUCUCCUGUUUGGACAAAGAGCCAAGACCAUCAAGAACACUGUGACAGUGAACAUCGAGCUGACAGCAGAGCAGUGGAAGCACAAGUACGAGAGGGAGAAAGAGAAGAAUAAGACGUUGAGGAACACCAUCAACUGGCUGGAGAAUGAGCUCAACCGAUGGAGGAAUGGUGAGACUGUGCCGGCAGAGGAGCAGUUUGACAAGGAGAAGGCCAACGCUGAGGUGCUGGCCCUGGACAACAUGCUCAAUGACAAGCCGGCAUCCACACCCAAUGUGCCUGGUGUUCGCCUCACUGAUGUGGAGAAGGACAAGUGUGAGGCUGAGCUGGCCAAGCUUUACAAACAGCUGGAUGAUAAGGAUGAGGAGAUCAACCAGCAGAGCCAACUGGCAGAGAAGCUGAAGCAGCAGAUGUUGGACCAGGAGGAGCUUAUAGCUUCCUCCCGCCGUGAUCAUGAGAAGGAGGAAGUGAAGGAGGUGCUGCAGGCUCUGGAGGAGCUGGCCGUCAACUAUGACCAGAAGAGCCAGGAGGCCGAGGAUAAGACCAAGGAGUUUGAGUCUAUUAGCGAGGAGCUCAGUCAGAAAUCGUCCAUCCUAUCAUCUCUGGACUCUGAGCUCCAAAAGCUGAAGGAGAUGUCCAACCACCAGAAGAAGAGGGUGACUGAGAUGAUGUCGUCACUGCUCAAAGAUUUAACCGAGAUUGGCAUUGCAGUGGGCAGCAAUGAUAUCAAGCAACACGAUGGUGGUAGCGGGCUCAUAGACGAGGAGUUCACGGUGGCUCGUCUCUAUAUCAGUAAGAUGAAGUCAGAGGUGAAGAGCAUGGUGAAACGCUGCAAGCAGCUGGAGAGCACCCAGUCAGAGAGCAACAAGAAGAUGGAUGAGAAUGAGAAGGAGCUGGCUGCUUGCCAGCUGCGUAUCUCGCAGCAUGAGGCUAAAAUCAAGUCCCUGACUGAGUACCUGCAGAAUGUGGAACAGAAAAAGAGGCAGCUGGAGGAGAAUGUGGACUCUCUCAAUGAAGAACUUGUCAAGCUCAGUGCUCAGGAGAAAGUCCAUGCUAUGGAGAAAGAGAAUGAGGUCCAGACUGCCAAUGAAGUCAAGGAAGCAGUGGAGAAGCAGAUCCACUCUCACCGUGAAGCUCAUCAGAAGCAGAUCAGCAGCCUGAGAGAUGAACUGGACAACAAGGAGAAACUCAUUACUGAGCUGCAGGAUCUGAACCAGAAGAUCAUGCUGGAGCAGGAGAGGCUCAGAGUGGAGCAUGAGAAACUUAAAUCUACUGACCAAGAGAAGAGCCGCAAGCUGCAUGAGCUUACGGUGAUGCAGGACAGAAGGGAGCAGGCUAGACAAGACCUGAAGGGUCUUGAAGAGACAGUGGCCAAGGAGCUGCAGACCCUGCAUAACCUGAGGAAGCUCUUUGUCCAGGACUUGGCCACCAGAGUGAAAAAGAGUGCUGAGAUGGACUCGGACGACACAGGUGGCAGCGCUGCACAGAAACAGAAAAUCUCCUUUCUUGAGAACAAUCUUGAGCAGCUCACCAAGGUUCACAAACAGCUUGUGCGUGACAACGCAGACCUGCGCUGUGAGCUUCCUAAACUGGAAAAGCGUCUUCGUGCUACAGCCGAGCGGGUCAAGGCCCUGGAAACGGCUCUGAAGGAGGCCAAGGAGAACGCUGCCCGUGAUCGCAAGCGCUACCAGCAGGAGGUGGACCGCAUCAAGGAGGCUGUCAGGGCCAAGAACAUGGCUCGGAGGGGACACUCAGCCCAGAUUGCCAAACCUAUCCGGCCUGGGCAGCAGCCAGUAGCAUCUCCUACCCACCCCAACUUCAACCGCGGAGGCUUCUACCAGAACAGCCAGACGGUGUCCAUCAGGGGAGGAGGCGGCAGCAAGCCAGACAAGAACUGAAGAGCAGGGGAUACAAUGCCGACACUACAGAAGAAGCCGGUAGCACCCCCCACCCUGACACCCUGUCAUUCCAUUACAUCGAACAGGCUCCUCUUCACUGCUUUGGAGCUAUGGAGGAGUUUCUGAAUUAUAAAUAUAUAUAUAAAUAAAUAUUCCUGGCCUGUACAGCUCCACUCCCCCACCACCUCCACCCAUAUUCCCAAUUAUGACGUUUCUCUUUUCCUCUUACUGGAUAUAUUAAAAAAGACAUUUAAUUUACAAAGGCGAGAUAAUAUUCUUCUCCACUGAACCAAACACAGUCUUGAGUACAGCCUCAGUGAGCGUCACCACACGUGACUCGAAUGUGUAGCUUCGGUUUUGAGUUUGUUUUGCACAAUAUGUCGUCACCUGUCGUGGUCGUGCGAGUAGUUCUGCACUGUGCCGAGCUGAAUGUAACGGUAGCGAGAUCCGAAGGGGGAAAAAAAAAUAGAUUUAAAGCAAAUACCUAAAACAAAAAUGGAGACCCUACCUGGAGAAAUAGCUUGACCUUAUAGGCUAACCUCUGUACAUUUCAUCAUUACUAUGACUGGUUGUUAACCACAUUUUUCUUGGGAUAGUUUUUACAUGCUUCUUUAAGGGGAAAAAAAACUCCAAAAAAAAAACCUUAUAUGGCUUUGAAUUGACUAGGUGGCGUCGAGCACUACUGUUCUGUCCAGUCUUGUUGUACAGAUGUAAAAUUGGCACUGCUGUACAGUGUGCACGCCUCGCUGCGGAGACAGCUAAGUCAUCAUCAGGGAGCGGCUAAACAGAAGGAUAAAAAAAAA